GUCACUGCAUCAACAUGGAGACCGCACAUGACUCCAGUCAGGAGAACAAGUUCGCUACUGACAGCGAUGGAGCAAAGAUUCAAGAGCGGAUCCAGAAGCGGAACCAGGAGAGACUCGAUGGCGUGGAGCGGAGGAAGGAGGAGAAGGAGACCCGGUCCGUCCCGGAGGAGAAGACCGAGUACUUCUCCAGAACCUUCCAGGCGGAGCUGGCGUGUAUCGAGGAGCUGCUGUCCCGCUGCUCCGGGGAGGACCGGGCCGAGGUGGUCCGGAGGCUGGAGGAGACCACGACCAGAACCGCCCAGCUCCAGAAGUUCGUGAACGACAGCGUGAUGUUCCUGACGCAGUACGAGCUGAGGAGGUCCCAGGCUGCUCUCCAGAAGCUGCAGAGCUCCAUCUCCGAGGCCAGGGACAAGGCCAUGCCCAAGAAGAAGUUCGCCUUCCGAGCUCGCACCCAAGACACAGCUCCCCCUGGUGCUGCUCCACCUGCACUGUCUGGAGAGGUGGAUGGAGGAGGUGGUGCAUCUGAGACGUCUCCACCUGGGGCUGCCACACCUGCAGAGUCUGGACCGGCCCCUGAGCAGUGCGGCUUCUCCAACAGGGACGGUGAGGUUCUGACCAAAACCGCCGAGGAGAUCCACCAGGGAGACGUGCUGCUGACCCACCUGUCCAACUGCAGGGUGCGUCUGUUCGGUUCCCCCAGCACGCUGCACCUCAAGCACAUCGACCGCUGCCAGAUCCUGUGCGGGCCCGUGUCCACCUCCGUGUUUGUGGACCACUGCAGGAACAGCACCCUGGCCUUCCCCUGUCAGCAGCUGCGGACCCACAACACCACGGACACCCAGGUGUACCUGCACGUCACCUGCCGAGCCAUCAUAGAGGACUGUCACGGGGUGGGCGUCGCCCCGCUCUCCUGGUCGUAUCCCACCAUGGACGCCGACUACCAGGUGUCCGGCCUGGACCGGGACAGGAACAACUGGAGCCAGGUGGAUGACUUCAACUGGCUGGCGUUCAGAACACCUUCACCCAACUGGAGUGUCAUCCCAGAGGCGGACAGGAAAACCAGCUGGGACGACUAGUGUUUCACUUUUGACUUUUCACCAUUAACACAUCCACAAAACCACCAAACAAAAUAUGUUGAAGUUACCUCAUGGAUGUUAGCUCAUUUUAUUUAAUUGCAUCAGCUGCACUCGGUUUUCUAUGUAACUCAUAUAGACCACACGCUCAUUCUAAUAGGAAGAACCUGAAUAAUAAUAA